AUGGUGCAAGGCUCCCUGAAAAAGAAGGCCGGCACGGGCCCGAAACGGCCGCGUGCUCUGGGCCCAAAGCCUGGUCCGAGGCAGAUUGCGCCGAAGAAGCAGUCGUUGAUUAAACAGCAGAAGAUGACGAAGAAACUUACGGCCGGGUUGAUUACGAAGACGGAGCGGAAUCUUGCGCAGAAAGCCGGGCAUUUGGAGCUGUUGGCUGGGGGGAAGAAGGAUAAGAAGAAAGAGAGUGGGAAUGGGAAUAAGGGUGGGAAAUAA